CGGCUGGGCUUUGGUCCCGUGUCUGCGCCUGAGAAGCCCAUAUAUAAGUGAAUCCUCUUCCACUUCCCCGCCGGGAUUUAGAGGCACCCUGGAACUGGUUCCCGGAUGAGACUCGGAGGCCCCCACAGGAUUUCAGCAGCUCGCUUCGGCAAGUACCUCCGCGGGUCGCUUGCUUCGCUGGCCGGGUUGGCCGAGGAAAUACCCCACUCAGUAUAGGGCAAGAGGUGGCGUGGAAGGAGCAAGCGAUUUGGGCCGAUGAUCUUUUCCUUGUAUUUGAGAAAGGGUUUGGAGGCCCUGCAAGGGGACGCCAGUUGCUAGGCAACCUGCAGACGCGGGCCUGGGCUUGGCAGAGUGUACUGGGAGCUGUGCCUUUCCAGCUUGUCUCAGCUGUAUCGGGGGAGUUCUCGAUGGAAUCGCCCAGUUGAUACAUACCUUUGCCAUCCUUCCCACUCUGGACCUGCUCUUUACCUAGCUUGUUGGGUCAAUUCAGGUUGGCUGUCGUUGGCUGGUGUCACACCCCAGUCCUUGAAUCUCCGAUAGGAAGAGGGCGGAGCAUUAGUUCAGAAGCAAAUUAUAGUCACUAAUAUCACUAACCAAGAGGGAAAUGGUGAUAAUUGCAAUUGGAAAUAAUUAUCCUUGAGAAAUGAGAAGAGUGGGAGUAUACUGCAGGAUAAAUACGUGAACUUGAAUGGAUUUAGAGGUUAAAGGAGUUGCUACUUCUCCUACGAGUCAAACUCAGCCAUUCUCUGGAAGAAAGCUGCUGCAACAAGGACGGACUUCCAAAUCACGGGCAAUCCAGAAUCCUUGCCUACCUGUGGUUCCACGACUUGAUUUGGGAAGCCUUGUUGACUCUGAUGAGGAGGAGCAAGACAUAAUACCUGAAAACUUACCAGGACCAACAAGCAAAUAUAAACUAAAAUAUCAGCAGCAUAAAACUGAAAUGAAAGAGGGAUAUAAACAGUACAGUCAGAGAAAUGCAGAAAAUCCAAAACCAGGUGUCACGCAACAGUCUCCAAGAAACAAGGUAGAUGACAAGUGUGUACAAGGUGAAGCAGCCAUCAUCGAUGGUCUUACAACUCUGGAUAGGAAAGCCCUCUUACAGCAGGGUUAUGCAGACAUCCCAUACAAUGCACCAUGGUGUAUGAGGAAGUCUGAUGCCGAAAUUGUGGCUGCAGAGAAGAAGAAACAGACUGUUGCAGAGCAAGUGAUGAUAGACCACUUAUCUAGGGCUGUGAUCAGUGAUCCAGAACAAAACUCAACCUCCGAGAGACAAGAAAGCAUUCAUAUCGUUCCAGAUUCAAAGAUGGCACCUCUUCGAUUUAGGAAAAGAACGCUACAUGAAACUAAGAUAAGAACCCAUUCUACAUUAACUGAAAACAUGCUUUCCCACAAAGUACAGUUUGAUGGUAGGAUCAUAUCAAGAAAUGGACGUGAUGCUUGCAGAGAGCUGAUUGGGUUCUUUUUUACUCAUGACCAGUCCCUAACAAUUUAUGAAUAUCGGCAAUUUGGGAAAAAUAGAACAAAUGUGCUUCCUUUUAUUCAAAAAAACAUUUAUAGUCAUCAGUGUGGACGAAGAAAAGGAAAACAAUACCAACUUGGUGAUUUUUAUAUUGGAGCAAACUUGACAUUUUUGAGUUCUGAUCAUCCCGGACUUCCAGAAAGCAUAAAAGAAAACACAUUACUUAUACUUCGAAUCACUAAUAUUGAUCAGAUAGCUUUGGAUUCUCUCAAAACUGAUUCUGUGGAACGUGAGGAUAUAACCAGUCAAGAAGCCAAUGAUAGGCUUGUCUUAAAGGCCAUUCAAGAUGCGCUAAAGGAACAGCUACACAAAAGAGGUGUUCGUAUUUUGACUGGAUUGGGGAAAUACCUCCAACAACUGGACAAGGAAGGAACUGGACUUUUAGCUAAGGCAGAUUUUAAGCAAGCUCUAAAAGCAUUUCACUUAGAAGUGUCCGAAAACGAUUUUGAACCUGCAUGGCAAAUUCUGAAUGGCAAUGACAGUGGCAAGGUUGAUUACGGAGAAUUCAAACGUGCCAUUAUUGGUGAAAUGAAUGAGUACAGGAAAUCAUUUGUUCGAAAGGUCUUUAUGAAACUGGAUUUCAACAAAACUGGCUGUGUGCCUAUUAUAGACAUAAGAAAAUGUUAUUGUGCAAAGAAGCAUCCUCAAGUAAUUUCAGGGCAUUCCACAGAGGAAGAAAUCAAAUUAUCUUUUCUAGAAACACUAAAAGAUGCCUGCAGCAAGUCUGAUGAAGUGUCGUAUGGUGAAUUUGAAGAUUACUAUGAAGGUCUAAGUAUAGGGAUAGUAAAUGAUGAAGAUUUUGUUAAUAUAUUACGUACCCCAUGGGGGAUUUAGUUUUUCAAAAUGAAUGUGUCUUCAGCACGAAGCAUUUUAAAGGAGAGAAUGAAGUGAUUGUAAAAUACAGUCAAACACUGGAAUAUAUUUUUCUAGGACUUUUUCUUUUCCUCGAAAAGAUUGAGUCUGAAAAGAGAAAUCAGAAAGAUAGAUGAAGUUAUAUGUAUGUUCAUGUGCAUGUAUGAGUGUCUCUAAGUUUGUAAAGUCCUGUCAUUUUGAUUUAUUACUUAUCUUGAAUAGAUUUUAAAGGUCAUUUUUAAGUAGGCUUCAUAGGAAAGUUAUGUCUUCAUGAAACUAUAUGGGAGCAUGUAUAUAGUAACUGCGUUACACAUCCAUUUUUUUUUUUUUUGCUACCUGUUCCCUAAAAUAUGAUUGCCAACACUCUCAAUCUGAUAGACUGGAAUUGGGCCCAAAGCCUAUAAGACUUCAAAUAGUUCAGCUUGUUUCAAACAUGAAAAUGUUAAAGGAAUUAACGGAUAUGCAAGGGAAAUUUCCCCUGUGGGGUGAUUGUAGAUAUUUUCCAUAAGAUAAAUUAUUAGAAUGAUGGAGGCUUACCCCUAAAAUGCUUAUGUAAACACUGACCUGUCUUGUGAAUUCUUCUAAAUUAUGUGCUGUUUUUUUGUUUUGUUUUGUUUUGUUUUGUUUUGGUCCAGUUGAGCACAGUGUAAUUAUUUGAGUGAUCAGCUCUGUUCGUUCUUUUAUUCUAUUUUUAACUGCAAUCCUUCUUACCUACACAGAAUUACUAGUUAGCUAGAAACAGUGUAAAAUGGGAGGGGGAAUGUUUUCUGAGAUUUUUAAGUAAAGAUCUCAAAAAGUGCAUUAUCACAUGUAUGGACCAAGGGAUAAUUUUCUAAUUCUUAACAAAAUGUAAAAGGAUGUUUGUUUCCUAAAAUGAAUGUAUGUUGUUCUAAACACCUCCUUUUGUUAUACUAAAACAACUGAAACAUUUUCUUCUCAAUAGAUAUUAUUUAAUGAUUAAAUAUGUUGUAAUUAUCCUUUCUAAAUUUUCCUUCACUUCUCCUCACUUCAGCUUGGAAAUACAGAGAGAAGAGAAAACUCAGUUGUUUCCAAGUUCAUACUUUUAAAUGUUAUAUAUUAUGAUAACAUAAAUUAGAAAAAAAUGGUGUUGAGUAAAAUAAGUUGUAGAAUAUGACUUUUGGCAUAUAAUUUUAUUCAUCUAUGCCAUUGGCAACAUUAUCAGUUGUGUGAUGUGUGGGAACACAGUACAUUCAAAGUAGUACUUUUUUGAGUAGGUAGGUACUAAAACUCACCACUAAAAUAUCAGAAAGAACAUUUUAGUGCUAUUUUCACUAGCUAAAUUCUUUAUUCCUUGGAAUUCACCCCCGCCAUUAGGUUAUUGUAAUUAAAACAAUAUGCUGGAAGACAUUUUCGCAGAAAUAAGUCUAUAGUAAGUAUAGUAACUCGAUAGUAACACCAUUUCUUAAUCGCAUUCUUAUUCUUAGAAAAAUGUAUCCAACUAUAGUCAUUUUAAAACCUACAAAUUGUUCUCAUAUUAAAAUGACUAAUUCUGUGGGUGCUCAAUAUGCAUGUACUGUUUUUCAUUGAUAAUUUUUUAUUCAUAACAAAUCUAUUCUUAACAUUGUUGGGUCAUCUUGUGAAUAUAAUCACAAAAUGUAUUGUGUAGGCUGUCAUAUUGGGAAAAAAGGGAAGAUUCUUCUGGGAUUUAACAUGUUAAUGUCACAUCUUACUCUUAAAUAAACCUUAAUGCUCUUAAUAUAAGUACUGAUAUGUGUUUGUUUGCAAGAAGUUUGUCUAUAUAGGAGUUUAGGAAUAGUUAAUUUCUUAUUACUUUCCACUGUUAUUUCAAUGUAGAGUUAAGGAAUACGUAUUCAAUAUGUUAUCUGCAUAUUUUGUUAAAUUAUAAUUCUUGGCCCAAUAAAUCAUUCUGCAUUUGC